AUGCUCCCACUCCUCCUCCCCUCUACUACCGCACACCCGCAACAACCUCUUCCUCAGAACUUCCUCACCUCCAGCGCGUCCCUGAAUUCCUUAGCUGGCAAUCCCGUCUUCCAGGGCUGGUACGCUGACCCAGAAGCCCGCCUCUUCGACGGCCAAUACUGGAUUUACCCGACCUACUCGGCCGACUACAGCGAGCAAACCUUCUUCGACGCCUUCAGCUCUCCUGACCUCCUUACCUGGACCAAACACCCCACCAUUUUGAACAUCACCAACAUCCCCUGGUCGACAAACCGUGCGGCCUGGGCACCGUCCGUAGGCCGGAAGGUUCGCUCCUCCACGAAGAAAAAUUUGCACAAGCAUGAUGAUAGUGAAGAGGAGUAUGACUAUUUUAUGUACUUCUCCGUUGGCGACGGGACGGGCAUCGGCGUCGCCAAGUCCACCACCGGCCGCCCAGAAGGUCCAUAUGAGGAUGCCAUCGGGGAGCCCUUAGUUAACCGCACAAUAUACGGGGCUGAGGCUAUAGACGCGCAGAUCUUCCAGGAUGAUGAUGGACGCAACUGGUUAUAUUUUGGGGGGUGGAGUCACGCGGUGGUGGUGGAGGUGGGAGAGGAUAUGGUGAGUUUGAAGGGAGACUAUCUAGAGAUUACUCCGGAAGGGUAUGUGGAAGGGCCGUGGAUGGUGAAGCGAAAUGGGGUGUAUUAUUAUAUGUUCUCAGUGGGAGGAUGGGGCGACAAUUCUUACGGAGUUAGCUAUGUCACUGCGGAGUCUCCCACGGGGCCAUUCUCAACGACACCGAAGAAGAUCUUGCAAGGGAAUGACAACGUCGGAACCAGUACAGGCCAUAACAGUGUGUUUACACCCGAUGGAGAGGACUAUUAUAUAGUAUAUCAUCGACGGUAUCUCAAUGAUACGGCGCGGGAUCACCGGGUGGUGUGUGUGGACCGGAUGUAUUUUGACGACAACGGGGAAAUCCUGCCGGUGAAUAUUACUGUCGAGGGAGUAGAGGGUCGGUCAUUAUCCUAG